AUGUUACUCAACAAUUUGAAGAAGAUCUGUGUUGAAACGCCAGUUCCUGAUCUAGUUUCCUCUGUCCCUCCAUCCCAGUAUUACUGCUGUAAGAGGAAUGAGUCAGAAGGGGAGGCGGGCUCGGUCGGAGAUCCUCAGCCACAGUUUGCCUGCAACGCAUGCAGCGCUCCGGGAGUGGACGGGGCGGCCGUCACACCUCUCUCGCUGCCCUACGACCCCGGUCUGCCUCACAGCUACUGCCCGACUUGCUCGCCCUACUACCUCCGUAGCACGGAUGAGAUGCGAAAUGGCGGCGAACGCCUGUCCUACAUGCCCGCUCACUACGAGAACCAUGGCGCCACUGCCCUUGGUCUGGCCGCCAUGUACGGCCCCGUGCUGAGCCAUCGCAGUACGCCAGACUUUUACACCAAUACACGAGCCAUCAGCACUGACGUCUGA